AUGGCACCAACAAAGCUUGAACAGGAAGAUCAUGCCCGUGAUGCCGCAUUCAACAAAGCUCUUCAUGGCCAAUCUGCUAGUACUCGUGGUGGUUUGAGGGCAAUGAUGGCCAAGGACAAGAAGGCACAGGAAGCGGCUUUGGAUGAAUAUUUCAAGCAUUGGGACCAGAAACCAUCUGCAGAUGAAACAGAAGAAAUCAGAGAAGCCAGAAGAGCCCAGUAUGCAACAUUAACGAGACAUUACUAUAAUUUGGCCACGGACAUGUAUGAAUAUGGAUGGGGAGGCUCUUUUCACUUCUGCCGUUUCGCGUACGGUGAACCUUUCCGCCAGGCCAUCGCUCGCCAUGAGCAUUACCUCGCGCACUCUAUGGGCUUGAGAGAAGGCCAAAUGGUGCUCGAUGUUGGUUGUGGAGUUGGAGGUCCCGCGAGAGAAAUCGCCAAGUUUGCCGGCGUCAACAUUGUUGGCUUGAAUAACAACGAUUAUCAAAUCGAGCGAGCCACGCGGUAUGCGCAAAAGGAAGGCUUGAGCAAACAGCUCCGUUUCACGAAGGGUGAUUUCAUGCAAAUGUCUUUCGAACCUGGAACCUUUGACGCUGCGUAUGCGAUCGAAGCCACCGUCCAUGCGCCAUCGCUCGAAGGCGUUUACACUCAGAUUUUUAACUCGUUGAAACCCGGCGGUGUUUUCGCUGUCUACGAAUGGGUCAUGACUGAUGCUUACAAUAACGAUGAUCCUGUCCAUCGCGAGAUCAGACUCGGUAUCGAGCAAGGAGACGGUAUUUCGAACAUGGUCAAGGCAACUGAAGCUCUCGAAGCUUUCAAGGCAGCUGGCUUCGAGCUCAUCAAAGCCGAGGAUCUGGCCGACCGCGACGAUGAUAUCCCAUGGUAUUAUCCCUUGGCUGGCUCCUGGAAACACAUGUCUUCCCUUUGGGAUGUCCUUACCAUUGCACGCAUGACAUGGUGGGGACGUGGUUUGGUCCAUAAGUUUAUGGGAGGCAUGGAAACGUUUGGCUUAUUCCCCAAGGGAUCACAGAAGACUGCAGAUAGCUUGGCGUAUGCGGCGGACUGCUUGGUCAAAGGUGGUGAAUUGAAGCUCUUCACUCCAAUGUAUCUCAUGGUCGGAAGGAAGCCAGAGUGA